AUGGCACAUUUAGAACCUAACGCAGAAGCACAAGCACCUAUACGUCGACGCAUGUUUGGUUGCGAGUUCACUUACGACAACAUUAACCAUUUCCAAUACAAAGGAUAUUCCUUUGAUCCUCUACAAGAACCAGAAGUUUUCCAUGAAAAAAACAAUGAUAUCAAUUACUGGAAAGCACAGCUAGCUUUUCGGGGAGCGUCGUCGGCGGGUAAUGAUAUGGAUCAGAUAUGGGGAGGAGAUGAGUGGGAGGAGGAUGGGGAGGAUGAGGAGGCGGGUGAAUGGGAGGAUGAUUGGGAAGAGGAAGUAGAGGAGUAUGAAUUGUAUGAUGAGGUAAUGGAGGAUGAAGAAGAUGAUGAAUACGAACAGUAUUAUGAAAUUGGCGAACAUAGGGAUGAGGAUGAGGAUGAUAAUGGCCAUGCCGGUGGAAAUUUCGAAGGAAUAGUCAAUCUUAUUGGAGGCGGUGGCGGGAACUUGGAUUACACUUAUCGUUCAUGGCGUUUGUAA